GGUCAAGGACUCAAGGAUACACUACACACUACACUACACAGAUUUGUCAAAACUCAAAAGAGAGCCAUGACAAAGCCGGCAAGUUGGAAGUGGUCCGAAUCCCAGAUAAAUUAUUAAUACUCUUUCUAUUUCUAACUAUUUCGACCUGAAAUAUUGUUCCCCUAUGCACGUUCAAGCACGCAGCUGCUGCUUCUUGCCGGAGAAUGACCGGAUGGAAACUUUUCGCCGCCGCCGUAGCUAUUGUUGCUUUGCUGCAUUUCCCGGAAUUGGUACAGUGUCAAGUGGUUGGCGACGAAUUCGCCGGUCAGAUCAACGACACUGCGUUCCUCCCGUUCAUUACCCAGGCAGUAUAUAGCAGUCUCUCCAACGCCACUUCUACUAUUCUUAAUAGCGAUGUUGGAAAUCGAUCCUCCUUCUGCGUUAAGGAUCGAGAAGUCGAGUGGAAUCGAGCUUUCAACUAUUCUUCUAAUUUGGACUUCUUGACUGCUUGCAUUCAGAGAACCAACGGAGAUGUUACACAACGCAUAUGCACAGCAGCAGAGUUAAAAUUCUACUUUGGAGGGUUCUUUUCUGGUAGCAGUUAUAUGAAGCCUAACAGGAACUGUAAUCUAACCUCCAUGAUUUCUGGCUGCGAGCCAGGAUGGGCAUGUGCCACGUCAUCCAGCGAGGAUGUUGACAUGGAAGAUUCUCAGAAUAUUCCUGCUAGAACUCUCAACUGUCAGCCUUGUUGUGAGGGUUUCUUCUGCCCCAAUGGUCUUACUUGCAUGAUCCCUUGCCCAUUGGGUUCACAUUGCCCAACUGCAACCCUUGACAGAGCUAGUGGCAUAUGUACACCAUAUUCUUACCAACUGCCACCUGGACAGCCAAAUCAUACCUGUGGUGGAGCCAAUAUAUGGGCAGAUAUUCGCAGCAGUAGUGAGAUGUUCUGUUCAUCAGGCUCAUAUUGUCCAUCAACUACACAAGAAAUACCUUGCAGCAGCGGGCAUUACUGUUCAACAGGCUCUACCUCUGAAAAACCAUGCUUCAAGUUGACUUCAUGUGAUGGCAACAGUUCCCACCAAAAUAUUCAUGCAUAUGGAGCGAUGCUUAUAGCUGCAAUAUUUACUAUUCUGCUCAUCAUCUACAACUGCUCUGACCAAAUACUUAGCACCCGAGAGAGAAGGCAUGCUAAAACCAGGGAAGCAGCUUCAAGACGUGCAAAAGAGAAAGUGAAGGCACACGAAAGAUGGAAAAUGGCUAGAGAAGCUGCUAAGAAGCAUGCAGCUCAAAUCUCUCGUACAUUUUCUCGUAAAAAGGCUGCUCCACAAACUGAGGAACUCUCCAUAUUACAUCAUGGUAGAGAUGAAAUCGAUGAUGAUCAAACUACUUCAAAUGUGUCCAAUGAAAACAGAUUGGAGCUAAGCAGUCAAACAUUUGAUAGACAAGUAAUGGAUAAGGAUCUUUACAGUUAUGAAGGUUUGAGCCGGAGCACAGAGAGUAAAGCCACAAAUGGUAAAAAGAAAAUGCAAAAAGAAAAAGAAAAGGAAAAAGGAAUUCAUACCCAUAGCCAAAUCUUUAACUAUGCGUAUGGUCAGAUUGAGAAAGAGAAAGCCAUGCAAGAGAAUCAAAACCUGACUUUUUCUGGAGUAAUCUCAAUGGCUGUUAACACUGAGGUGAGAAAAAGACCUAAAAUUGAGAUUGCUUUCAAGGAUCUUACUCUAACUUUAAAAGGGAAAGGGAAGCAUCUGUUGAGAUGUGUGACUGGAAAAAUCAUGCCUGGAAGAAUCACAGCUGUGAUGGGCCCAUCUGGGGCAGGGAAGACAACUUUUCUUAAUGCAAUAGCAGGAAAAGCACAUGGAUGUAGUAUAAGCGGUUCCAUUUCUGUAAAUGGGAAACCGGAUUCAAUCCAUUCAUAUAAAAAAAUCAUUGGAUUUGUCCCACAAGAUGACAUUGUCCAUGGGAAUCUGACUGUGGAGGAGAAUCUCUGGUUCAGUGCAAAAUGCAGGUUGCCAGCAAAGAUGCUUAAGCAAGAUAGGGUUUUGGUUGUUGAGAGAGUUAUAGAGUCGUUAGGUUUGCAAGCAGUGAGAAGCUCUUUGGUUGGAACUGUAGAGAAGCGUGGGAUUUCUGGAGGACAGAGGAAAAGAGUAAAUGUUGGUUUGGAAAUGUUGCUUCUUAGAGCUCUCAGAAGGGAGACUAUUGAAGGGGUGAAUGUUAGCAUGGUUGUUCACCAACCAAGCUACUCUUUGUUCCAGACGUUUGACGACUUAAUACUUUUAGCAAAAGGCGGACUUACUGUUUACCAUGGACCAGUAAGAAAAGUUGAAGAAUACUUUUCAGGGAUCGGGAUCAAGGUUCCAGAUCGCGUUAAUCCUCCAGAUUAUUUCAUAGAUGUUCUAGAAGGAAUGGUGAAACCAAGCACAAGUUCGGGUGUAGUAACUCAUGAACAGCUUCCAGUUAGAUGGAUGCUUCAUAAGGGUUACCCUGUGCCCCCUGACAUGCGUAGAAACUCUGCUAUGUUUCCAGGUAAUAAUGAUGUUGGAAGUGCCACAGAGGAACAUUCCUUUGCUGGUGAGAUUUGGCAGGAUGUAAAGACAAAUGUGGAGGUUAGAAGAGACGUUUUACGCCAUAAUUUCUUGCCAACUAAGGAUUUGUCAAACCGCACCACUCCUGGAAUUUUCAUCCAGUAUCGAUACUUUCUCGGAAGGGUUGCUAAGCAGCGGUUACGGGAAUCUAAGCUACAAUUAAUAGACUAUUUAAUCUUAUUACUUGCUGGAGCAUGCUUGGGUUCGAUUAUUAAAUCAAAAGAAGAGACUUUCGGGGCACCUGGAUACACUUACUCCAUUAUUGCAGUAUCUUUGUUAUGUAAAGUUGCGGCGUUGAGAACAUUUUCAUUGGAUAAGUUACAGUAUUGGAGAGAGCGUGCAUCUGGGAUUAGUAGUCUGGCUCAUUUUCUAGCUAAAGAUACAAUCGACCAUUUCAGUACAGUGAUAAAGCCAGCGGUUUAUCUGUCCAUGUUCUAUUUCUUCAGCUACCCGAGAUCUUCUUUUGCAGAAAACUACACUGUUUUGGUGUGUCUUGUGUACUGUGUGACUGGCAUUGCCUACAUGUUGGCUAUAUUUCUUGAUCCUGGUCCAUCACAGCUGUUUGCGGUGCUCCUUCCUGUAGUUUUGACUCUUGUGUCAACACAGACAGAAAAUAGCGACUUCUUGAAGAAUGUGUCAAAGCUGUGUUACCCUAAGUGGGCCCUUGAAGCAUUUGUAAUUGCGAAUGCAAACAGGUAUUCUGGGGUGUGGCUGAUAACGCGUUGUGGGGCACUUUUAAGAUUCGGCAUAUAA